AUGCGUUCGACCAAUUCCUCUCCCCAGAGGAGAGCUCUUCACGAACGCACUCCAUCCCAUACGAACUCUUGCUCUCCGCCCGCGUCCCUCCGAGCUGUCAGCGACAAGCACCCUGGCCAGGGAGAGCGCCAUGUGUAUACAGCUAGUCCUUACCCGACGAAACCCGAGCAAAUUCUCCCACCUCGACCUGGAAAAGGCCAUGAGUUUGUCCCAGAUUCUCGUUUUCAUGUCGACGAAGGGCCGAGCACAUCGACAGGGACAUAUUCCACCGACAUCAGUCACCUUAUGGAUAGCAGUUUGAUUGAUCAAUCAAGUGCUGAUCCAUGGGACCUCUCGUCAACAUUUGAUGCUGCCAACACCCCACCGCAAUUAUGGGAGGACGACCCUGACUCAAGCAAGUCUUCAUUGCCACAAACAGUUCCCCUAGGUCGCGAAAGAAUAGAAAACGAUGGUUCCCCCGCUACGUAUUCGGACGAGGAAUCUACGCUACCACAAAUCGCACCUACUACUGUCAAGACUGUUCCUCCAGAGUCAGUUUCUCGCCAACCGUCUGGUGCAGGGAAUGCUUCUUCAAGCCAUUCAAGCCCUAAUUUCGUCCCCAUCGGGCCACCUUCAAGCCCAAACUACGUGGCACUGGACAAUUCGAGCCUCAAUUUCGUUCGUAUUGGCACAUCCUCAAACCAGGAUUCCGCUUCGCGCUCCAAUUCGCUGUCCUCACUAAAUUCCCUGGGAACGGUCAUCCGAUAUGCAGGUGCUGGGCCCUGGACACAUGGCUCAUCAUCUGAGCUAGGAGGAGCCUCCCGCUCUCAUUCGUUUCGUUCUAGCCCCCCUUACCAGGUCCCGUCAGUGGGGUCUCGGCCAAGCUUCAGGAGCCAUUCCCGUUCUGCAACUUCGUCAUCAGGUAGUGCUGCCCCCCGUGCUGAUAUUCAAGCCGGAGUUGUGGAUAGCGGUGUGUUCAUCCAAUACCCGACUAUCAGGGCACCUUCCUCAUCUGGAUCAAGAGUGGACAACGUGUCACAGUUGGCAGGCUCGUCCGAGGAGGAUAAUAAUCUACCUGGCCCUUCUGGCGAUUAUUCUUCUGACCGGUUUCGCUCUCAUCUGUCCACAGUUACUUCCCGAUGGUCAGCCGAAGUCGACUCUAGCUUCCCUUCUCCCACGGAUCAUCGUCGUUCUGGUGGGGAGAUGUCUGAAGAGCUCACCCCACCUCCUACGGCCAUGACUCGCCGGAGACUUACGUCGUCCUCUGUAUGGCUGAUAAACGAAUCGGAGGAUGACGAAUUCUUGGACAGUGUGGCCAGCCUGCCUCCCCGCCCGACCAACCCAGGGGUUCCGAACAGCCAGACUUCAAGCUCAAGGAGCAGCAGCACGCGAAGCAACAACAAGCGACCUGGUACGAGUUCGAGCUUUGUGGCAAACUAUCUCCCCACAUGGGCUCGAAUGUAUUACACCUCCGAAGACCCGGCCGGUAAUUCUACCAUUUCCCUGGUGGAAGGUACUACCCGGCCGCCAUCGGCGCGGCCUGUCACAUCCAACUCUACUGUCAUUCAGCGCUUUGCCAGCGUGGUGAGCCGAGCUAGAACCUUGUCCAAUGCAACGUCCAAUGUAACCCCGUCCAACGUGACUGAGCCUCCCUCGGAUCUUCGAGAUCCUCGCAACCACUGGGUGAAGGCUCCCGAGUCUUCUGUCACGAGGUCUGGAUCAUCCCUCCAUCGGCUGCGACACAGCUGGUCGCCACACCUUUAUCCAGAUAGGCGAGUCGUUGCUCCCAAAUCAAGUGUUUGGCGUGCUCCGUCUUUGGACUCGAGGACUGAACCAAUUCUUGGACGGCGGAAUAUUCAAGUUUGGUCCUUUUGUUUGGGCUUCAUUUGUCCCCUCACAUGGUUUAUCGCAUCUUUCCUCCCUCUGCCGAGGAAACCGGAAAUGAUGAUGGAGGAAAACCAUGGACCCGAGCUCGAGGCUACCCUCAAGAUGCGACUUUAUGAUCUUGAACGUAGACGUUACCUGAACGCUCGGUGGUGGAGAAACCUCAAUCGAUGGAUGAACCCCUUGGGGUUGGUGAUCAUUACUAUCAUUAUCACACUAGCUGUUGUGGGAACUACAGUGGGCUUCUAG